AAAAUGGCUUUCCGCCUCUUUUUCUUCAUUAUAUUGACGUCUGCACCUGCUUUUCCAGUUCACAAGGUAAAGUUCGACCGUGAAACAAGAUCCUCCUUACUCAAUCCACUCUCAGACAGUUUUACUGGGUUCUAUAGAGCAGACGUCAGGUUUGAAACACGUUACAAACCAGAAGAGAGAAACACCCUGAAACCUAUCUGCAACCACAAACCUUCAAUAAAAAGCAGAAACAGUAUAACAAACAACAUUGACCUUCUCAGUACCAAACUCAUGUAUGAGAUCCAGAGAAGAGGAGAUGGGAUAGAUUGGAUAAACGAGGGCCUCUACAGAAUUGGAAAGAGGAGGAUGAACCGGAAGUAAAUGAUGAAAUGAAAUCAGCAAAGUGGAACUUAUUGGCGCAAAUAUGAGAUUU